CCUGGCACGAUGCCGACGUCCGGAUCUAUCUUAUUGCAGUAUUCGCAAGAAGAACUUGAGUUGCCUUUUGUGACGUAGAAUGAAAACAAUUUAAAAAUGUUGAAUCUAAUUUUGAGGCAUCCUAUUAUUCCUAAAACUUUAUUAACUCAAGUACGAUCUGUCCAUGGAAUAACACAAAAAUAUUUUAUAUAUGACAAGAAUAUAUUUUCAGCAGCAAUGACUGUUAGAAUGUUUCUAACGAGAUGCGCGAGAUUAUCUGAUGGAGCAACACAACAAACAAGUUUCCUUAAACCAAACAAAUUGGUACAAAAUUUAUUAAUACAGCGUCGAAAAAUGUCACGAUUGGAUGUAAAUACAAAUGUACAGAACAAUGUAAUUUUAUAUAAAUAUGAAGGGAGUACAUAUAUCCGAAAUUUGCGAAUUUUUGGAGUUGUACAAUUAUUUUGUUGUUUAGUAUUGGCUUUUUAUAGUUAUACUCCAUCAUUCUGGGAUAUAUACAAGACUGACAUAAACUUAAAAGAAUAUUUGCUGAACCACAUGUUACGAAUUGGCAUAUUUUUUUUUGUAAUUAUGACAGGUCCUCUUACGUGUCUUUACGUUUAUGCUGCAUGUGCUCGUAGCAUCAAAUAUAUUAUUUUAAAUAAAGGCGGUAAAACACUUUCAAUUAUUACUUAUCAUAUGCAAAAGAAGAAAUCCAAAUUAAAUUUACCAGUAGGAGUGGUAAAGUGCACCGCAGACAGACAGGAUGAUACAGGAACAUAUCUACCACUUAAAAUAAAAAAUAAAUCUUUUUAUUACAUAGUUAAUAAAAGUGGCACUUUUGUAAAUUCAAAUCUUUUUGAUCAUAUAAUGGGAUAA